AUGGCUUCCGAGGUCCCACCCUUACGAAUCCAGAAGGGUAGCAAUGGAGCAUCACCUUCCAAGCUGCCCCGAGUAACGAACCGACCACUGUCUGAGCUCAGUCCCAUGGCCCUGCGCAGAAAUUCUCCUAGCUUCCCGCAGCCAAAGGGCAAGUUAUUGAGCAACGAAGACUCGCCGGCCGGUUCCUCUCCAUUCUCUGGCGUAUCACCACGACUGUUCUGGCAGGGACGUGAUCCCAACUCCCCUGCCAGAGAGAAUCAAACUAUAAACGAUCCUGUCCCUUCCCGAGCCUCUCCUACCAAGCGGUCAUCGAUUGAAAAUCUCAAGAAGGCCUCGAGGGUCAAGAACAGCAGUAUGUUUGCCAUCGAGCAGAACAGUCACUAUGAUCCAUCGCGUCCUUCGAUCCUAGAUGGAAGGCCUCACAGCAUGCAAUUCUCAAGGCACCAAUCACCAAUUCGUGGUUCAGAUGUAAUCCGAAAAGAGAAUGUCGCCCCUUCCUCCACAUCUCCUGUACAGCCACAGGUGAAAAAGGGGCUUGAAGAGAAGGACCAGACCACAAGCCUUAUUACCCCUUUGUCUCCGAGCAGGUUGAACAGUCCUCCCACAAAAUCAUCCUUGUCAAAGAAGACCGGAGCCGCCUUCAGGAGAAGUGGCUUUGACCCUGAAACAGGUAUAUGGGAGGAUGAUGACGACAUUCAGAGCCGACAACUUCCCGCUGGUCGUGGAUUGCAUCGCCAUCAGAAGAGUGUCACUUUUGACCAGAAGCCACCCCAGAUUAAUGAGUAUGAAAUGGCCACCCCGGCACCUUCGUCAUGUGCGUCCGGGUCUCGCGAAGGCAGCUAUCAGUCUAACGAGGAUGAGGAGGACGAGGAUGCAAGCUUUGAGAGAGGCUCUUCGAUGGAUCAAGAUGACAGCUUUGACGCCUCACUGGAGGAUACUGACAAGACCCCUGUUGUCCUGCCGGAGCAGUGGCGUUUCAUGAGCCCAGAGACAGCCAGCACAGAUCUGUCGCGUAGGGAAGAAGACGUUUUCGACGAUGAUUGCGGUAGUCCUGCACCAACUGCACAUCCGGGUGCUUUGGCAUCUCGCCCACAUCAGACCAGCGCGAGUUCAGUAGACUCGAACGGACAAACUCGCCCGUUGCCGCCUCUCCCACCAGGUGGCAACAGAUUAUCCUGGAAUGAGAACCUAUCUGGAACGUUGGAGCGCUUGAGUAUCUCUGGAAGGUCUCUUCCCACCCCUCCAAUUCCUGCUGGCAUUUCCAAGGCAGAUAUACAAAAGAUGGGGGUCUCCAGCUCUCUCACAGGCGACGAUCGACUGAGACUCAUGGCACUUCAGGAACAAGAGCGGGAACGCCGAAUGAGGAGAAUGGGAUCGAAAGAGACCAGCCCCGUUCGCGAUUCCAGUCUUGAAAAGUCCCAAAUGCCUCGCCUAGCUGAGCCCGAGGUUUCCGAAUCACGAAACUCAACGCCCCAGCUUUCUCGAGCAUCGGUCCUGCAGGGACUACGCGGUGACCCAGGACAGGACAGUCGAGAGAGCAGUGAAGAACUCGACGGGGCAACGCGAGCGCGUGAUGUAUCAUAUGACCCAGACAUUCCGAUCCCGUCGCUUGAAGACCCGACACAGCCAACGAUCAAACAGGAAGAGCUAGAAGAGGAAGACUUGUACUCGAUUCCUGAUUUGUACAAUCGUCGAGUGUCAGAUUCAGAGACCAGCGCCAAUCAAGAUGACGACCUCACAAGCCAAUACUCGCAGGCAUCUCAAGUCCCUGUGUCUCAGUCCUUGAUUCCAGACACCGAAGAUGGACAAGAUACUCCCAAGGCCCGAAGCCCAACUAGAGAGCAAAUUUUACAGGCCGAAAAUCGCAUGUCACUGCCUGAGUUCACUGACUUUGGCAGCGCAGGUGGGUUUGACGUUGGAUUUGGAUCAUACUUGGCCAGCAACGAGGAGAAAUCAAAGCCAAACCCUGGCGCUACACAUUCGACUCAUCUUCCGGAUCUGGCAGCCUUACGCCAGUCUAUCCAACGAUCCUACACCCCAGAGAUCCAGCAAAGACAAUACCAAGCUCCUCUCUCUGCAGCAGUCGAGGACGCUGUUCCUGGGAGUCCCGACUCCGUUGUCAGACACUCCAGACGUUCCAACAUUCCAGUGACCGAUGGGUCUGAUAUUUCGGACACCAGGUCCACAGCUCAUGAUGAUAGUGAUAGAUCUGUCUCCCCAUCAGACAGCGGUUCGGUUGUGGUUCACGACAAGGCGCCCUCUCCAGUCUCUCCCAUUUCGGCGGAUUUUGAGGAUAAGGCUGGCAGCCACGGCGCAGACCCCUUCCAACAUACAAACUUAGACGAGGAACACACCCAAACAAGCCACAAGAUCCCCGAGAGCAACCGCGUGAGCAGCUUAGUACAGCUGGACAUUCCAUACGACUCCCUUGAUGAAGGACUUGGCCUGGGCCUCGAAAAGGAGUUUGACCGAGUGGUGGAAGCCCAAAAGGUAGAGUUUGAACUCUCGUUGCAGCGUCUUUACUACCCGUUUAAUGGCCGUUUCCCUUCUGUCGAAGUUCCUUGUCCCAGGGACCCGAAGAUUGAAAACCCCAUGGACAAAAUCCCUGCCACUUCCAGGCCCCAUGAAGCACGGACUCCCCCAAAAAGAGCUCUUACCCCUGGCGAACCAAAUUCUGAAGAGUCAUUUGCUAAUCGAGCUGGUCGUCGACAGAGAGGCUACCUCAUGCGUCAGAAUACCAAAAUUGUGUAUGCCAGCGAACGCAUUUCACAGGAUGAAUCUAGAUCUCCCGAGCUUCCUGGCGUUCCAGGCGACCCCUCUGUACCCCAGGUUCCAGAUCCAAAUCUAGUUCAGACUUCUCCCCGAAAGACAAGUCAGCCCACAUGGACUGCUGAGCCCUGGAAUGGUAAGAUGAGAAGAAAGAGCAUUCGAGUUGGAGGGGAAAAGGCUAUGAGCAAGAGGAAGCAGAUGGAAGGACCUGUUCCACCACUGCCAGGUCAAAUGAGCAACGCUCAGGAGACUCUAGACGCGGUCGCAGAAGACGAAAUUGCCGAAGGCGAGGACUGGGAAGAUGGCUCCGAGCGUGGUCGCCUGUUUGUGAAGGUUGUUGGCGUGAAAGACUUGCAAAUGCCCUUCCCCCAACACGAACGCACCUAUUUCGCCUUGACACUGGAUAACGGACUUCAUUGCGUUACCACUGCCUGGUUAGAUUUCGCUCGAAGUGCACCGAUCGGACAGGAGUUCGAGCUAGUGGUUCUCAACGACCUGGAGUUCCAACUCACCCUUCAAAUGAAGCUUGAGGAGCCGAAGGUUGAAAGACCACAGUCACCCAGCAAAGCACAGUCCUCGCCUAAGAAACAAGGUGCUUUUGGACGAUUGUUUGGCUCUCCUAAGAAGAAGAAAGAGUCGGAGCUGAAAGCGAUGCAUGAGGCCCAAACAGGCAGAAGACCCGUCACUCCUCCAUCUGCAUAUGAGCUGGUUCAAGGGCUGGUCGCAAAGGAUGGCUCGUUUGCGCGUGCUUAUGUAUCUCUGUCCGAGCAUGAGAAUCAUGCUUACGGCAGGCCAUACACUGUGGACAUCACUUGCUUCAACGAGUGGGCUCUUGAGGAGGUUCACGUUGGCAGCUCCCGCAGCAAGAAAGGGGUGACGCAACUUCAGCGCCGUCCACCUUAUGAGAUUGGCAAGCUCGAAUUGCAAUUGCUGUAUGUGCCGAAACCGAAAGGAGCAAAGGAUGAAGAAAUGCCAAAGAGCAUGAACGGCGCAGUGCGUGCGAUGAGGGAGGCCGAGGAACGGUUGCAACAACAAGCCAGCAUUAAGGCAUUUGAGGGCUAUCUAAGCCAGCAAGGAGGGGAUUGCCCGUAUUGGCGACGACGAUUUUUUAAGCUUGCAGGAACAAAACUGACUGCUUUCCACGAGACGACUCUCCAACCGCGAGCCACCAUCAACCUUGCCAAGGCCAGCCGCCUCAUCGACGAUAAGUCUACUCUGACGCAGAAGGAGACGUCUACGAAGGGCGGCGGUCGACGCAAGAGUGGUUUCGCGGAGGAAGAGGAGGGCUACAUGUUUGUCGAAGAGGGAUUCCGUAUCCGCUUUGCAAAUGGCGAAGUUAUUGAUUUCUACGCCGACUCAACUGCCGAAAAGGAACAGUGGAUGGUCGCCCUUGCGCAAGUCGUUGGCAAGAACGUGCCGGGCUCGUCUCCACAGGUGAAAGGCUGGACAGAGCUCGUUCUCAGAAGGGAGAAGAAGCUCAAGGCAGAAUCAUCGACUGGGUUUCGACCCGGUCAUGCUCGGACCGAAACGUACGGAGGAGGUUCGACAAGCAGCCCCGGCAAGUCAAGGUCCGGUCCGCAAGGCCACCGAAAGACGAAAAGUAUGCAUGCUUGA